AUGACCAUUUCGGGGAUAGCUGGUUGGCACCACCACACGUGGGCCAAGACGUAUAGUAGUCGGCCGGCGUUGUAUUUUCAACCCGAAACCAUUGAGCAAGUUCAGGAGCUGGUUCGCAGCGCAAAGGAGCAGCAUCAGACCGUCACGGUGGUUGGCGCUUGCCACUCGCCCUCGAUGAUCACAAUGACCACUGGCUGGUUGGUUAAUCUAGAUAAACUGAACCGGAUUUUAGAUAUCAAACCAAACCAAGGGUUUACUGAUGUCACAGUAGAGGCCGGGAUCAGAUUGUACGAGCUGAAUGAGAUUCUUGCCGACAGGGAGCUCGCGUUACAAAGUCUGGGCUCGAUCUCUGAACAAAGCAUUGCUGGUGUUAUCAGCACAGGAACCCAUGGCUCUUCGGCGUACCAUGGGCUGAUAAGCGAACAGAUUGUGAGACUCACCUUGGUCAAUUCUGACGGCAAUUUGAUUUCUUGCUCCGAUAUGGAAAACCACAGACUGUUUAGAGCUGCCUUGUUAUCCCUAGGUAAAAUUGGUAUUAUUGUGAAAGCGGUUGUGCGGGUCGUCCCAGCGUUUAAUAUCGAAAGCUACCAAGAGGUAGUUUCGUUCGACAAGUUUUUGACCGACGUUUGGCCAACCUUCUUCACUUCGGCAGAGUUCCAUCGCGUUUGGUGGUAUCCUUACACGGGCAAGUGUAUUCUAUGGCGAGCAAAUCGGACGCAGUUGGAGAAAACGAAACCUCCAUACUCUUUUUACGGGACCAAGUUUGGUAGAUGGGUCUAUCAGGCCCUGCUAUGGGUGACCGUGGCGGUGGCUCCUUCCUUGACCCCAUGGGUCGAGAGGUGGUUGUUUGCCCACCAGUUUGGACUGGUAAAUACGUAUGGCAAGAAACCGCUAAAAGCUGUUUACCGCAGUGACCAGGGUAUCAACAUGGACUGCUUGUUUUCGCAGUUUGUCAACGAAUGGGCGUUGCCACUAAAUAACGGUGUCCAGGUGCUGCGUGAACUAGAACAAGUGAUUGCCAAGCGUAACUUCUAUGUCCAUGCUCCGUUUGAAAUCAGAGUAUCUAAUACCACUUUGCCCAAGUCGGUCCCAGCUACCAGAAAAGGUGCUACGGUUGCCGGGGUGCCUAAUGUCGGUCCGAUCCAUGGCAAUAUUUCGCGGCCGUACCUUGACAGUUCCGCGAGACUACCAUACUCUCCACCUUCUGAGGUGACUUAUGACAAUUUGACUUUAAACCUGAACGCUACCCUCUAUCGACCUUUCGAUUUGGACGUUGAAACCUCAAGGUGGUUUACAGAGUUUGAGCGUAUCUGUGCUGCGGCGGGAGGUAAACCACAUUGGGCAAAGAACUUUUUGGGGAUGCGGGAGACUGAAAACUUCGCAAAAGACCACGAUAUGCGCGGCAUUGCGCCCCAAAUCGCCGAGUGGUACGGCCGCGAUCUCGAGACCUGGAAAGAGAUUCGCCAUGAAGUUGAUCCCACCAAUCUAUUCGUAAACAAUCCCGAAUGGCUGCACAUCAACGGCUUGGAUUAA